CCCUGCAUUAAUAAUUCAUCAUUUUACCAUUACAGAGGCGGCUGACACGCCUUCCUCUUGUCUCUCUCUGCUCUCUGCUCUUCAAUCACACUUCUCUCCCCACAAUCGCUCCACUGAACCUGACGCUAGUGAGAUGUUCAGGCUGAGUCUCUUUAACAUUUUCCUGGAUGGUUUGUGGGAAUAACUUCUGCCGACAAUUGAAGCAUCUUUCGUCUUUACAAUAUGCAGAUUGAUUAUUCAGCGAAACCGCUUAAAUUAGCUUUUUACAUCUUGUAAACGAGUGAUUUUGAACCUGUUGCGGAGAACCUUCGCAAUCAUUGUUCAGAAAGGUUGACUAGAUUCUCUGACCAAGUUGAAAAGCAACCUGUUUUAGAUGCAAACGACGCAGAAACACCCUAGUUCAGUUGGUUUCCAUCUGUAUCACCAGCCGAUGCAGAGCACAAACAAAUACCAUUUGUCUCCUUUCCAGAUUUUGCCAAGCAAUUCAUAUAAUGAAAUCCUUGGUGAUAGCAGCCAGGGAACCACAGUUUCUUUUGAAAACUGCAACCAGCAAUACUUUACUCUUGAAUCAUCCCUACCACCUCCUGGUCCCAUAGCUUGUGAUUCGUCUUCCUUUGCUAGCAAUUCAUCUAACAGGAGUCCUUUUUCUCCGCAAGGUUCUCAGACUCAGUCAUCCCUUUCAGAUCAGCUCCUAUCCGUGGACAACAUCUAUGGAUCGCCAACUAGUGGGUGCUCUAGUGUUGAUGGUGGCAAUGAAUGGAAGUACAGACUUAAGGAAAUAGCGAACGAAUUGUUGGGACCUGAGUCAGAUAUUGUUGACAGCUGUGACUGCUGCCCUGAAGGCGGCCACCACCUAACAUCUCCGAUGUCUGUAUGGAAUUGGGAUCAGAUUGUAGAAAAGAUUCCCAAUUUAGACUUGAGAGCUGUCCUCACUGCUUGUGCACAAGCUGUGUCCGAGGGAGAUUUUCAAAAAGCAGCAGGAUGGAUGGAUAAAGUAUUGGUGAAGAUGGUGUCAGUUUCUGGGGAUCCAAUUCAGAGGUUGGGAGCUUAUAUGUUGGAGGGGCUUAGAGCGAGGGUGGUAUCAUCAGGGAGUUCAAUCUACAAAUCUUUGAAGUGUGAACAAGAACAGCCGCCAACAAGCAAAGAACUUAUGAAUUACAUGGGCAUCCUCUAUAGGAUUUGCCCAUACUGGCCGUUUGCUUACACGUCUGCAAAUGCUGUCAUCCAGGAAGCAAUGCAAAAUGAAUCCAGAAUUCAUAUAAUUGACUUCCAAAUCGCACAGGGCACCCAGUGGAAGUUACUGAUUCAGGCUCUUGCACAGCGGCCUGGGGGCCCCCCAUACAUUCGUGUAACCGGCGUUGACGAUUCCCAAUCAUUUCAUGCUCGAGGCGGAGGGCUUCAUAUUGUAGGACAACAUUUGGCGAAUCAUGCCAAGUCUCUUGGAGUGCCGUUUGAGUUCCAUAGUGCUGCCAUGUCAGGCUGCAAGGUUCAACUUGAGGACCUUGGAGUUCGACCUGGGGAAGCUGUGGCUGUGAAUUUUCCUUAUGUUCUGCACCACAUGCCAGAUGAGAGUGUUAGCACAGAGAACCAUAGAGACAGGUUAUUGAGAUUGGUCAAGAGCUUGUCUCCCAAAGUAAUGACCCUUGUUGAGCAAGAAUCCAACACCAACACUUCCCCCUUUUACCAAAGGUUUGUCGAGACACUGAGUUAUUACUCAGCUAUGUUUGAAUCAAUUGAUGCGGCCAGCUCUAGCAGAGACGAUAAGGAGCGGAUUAAUGCAGAGCAGCACUGUGUGGCUCGAGACAUUGUCAACAUGAUAGCUUGUGAGGGGCCGGAGAGGGUGGAAAGGCAUGAACUGCUAGGAAAGUGGAGGUCAAGACUUUUCAUGGCCGGUUUUAAACAACACCCGUUGAGUGCCUCGACUGCAGCUGCAGUCAGAAAUUUAUUGAAGGGUUUCAAUGAAAAGUAUAGGCUUGACUACAGGGAUGGUGCGCUCUAUCUUUUUUGGAUGGACAGAGCUAUGGCCACCUCCUCCGCUUGGUGGUGAUUCUGACUGCUUUAUAGAGAUCUGUACAUUUUCUUAUGUUUUUUUUUCCUUCCCUGAGCUUUAGCAUAAAUCAGUUGUAUCGGCAGAAUCUUCAUAGGACUUGCUCAAGGUUAAGCUUUGAUGCAACAUGUGUUGUAGUAAUCUCAGGAGCUGCUGUAAAUGUCAAAUACUAGAAUGAUAGAAAAAGAAAUCUCCAAUUGCUGUAUAA